ACGACGACGACUCCGCGCGCGCCGUCGGUCAUCAAACGCGAACAGAAGGAAAGCGACGCGCCGCUGUAAUAAUAAUAAUAAUAAUAAUAAUUCCCGUCGACGAUCCUGCGCGCGCGACCGCCACAGAUAAAUAUCGUUGUACACAGCUGCUGCAGCAGUCCGCGCACGAUACGCGAGUUGCCGGUGGAAUAGUAUACCUAUCGUAUCGCCGCGCGCAGCGUCACACAAUCGCCACCGGUCCGUCCGGAACAACGGGUCAUUGAAUCGGUCUCCGUCGCCGUCGCCGAUUUCUGCACGCGCACUUGUACGUUUCGUCUUCUGAGUCUGAUUUUUUUUUUUACUUUUCGCGCGCGCUCGUUCAAAUUUCUAGGAUUUAAUAUCAUUAUUAGAUUUUAAGAAAAUCGUUACGCGUCCGAGUUUUUCACGUCCGCUCCGCUGUUUCGACGAUAUCACAAAUUAUAUAAUAUCUAUAAAUCAUCUAGUUUAGGUUUAUUAUUAUAUAAUAAUAAAACAUAACGCCGGAUAGUCGCACGUGCAUUGUGCCAUUUGCCAAUAUUAUUUAUAAAUAAUAUAUUAUACAUACCGAUUCGGUGCAGUUCUGUUCGACGUCGCAUUUUCCGCGUCACGAAUUUCGCUGCUACAGGUUUGAAAAAACAGAACGAUCAUCUUCCCUAUGCAUCAAUGACUAUCAUGUCGAGAAGAACCGCGCCAUGCGGUUGAGGAGACAUCAACGACAGUUAAACGAGAAAAAAACAUUAUUAGUCAAUUUACUCUACGUCUACUGUGUUGAUAUUGAUCGAUACUUGAGUACAAUCUGAAAAUAUAUAAGCUGUGGUGCAAUAGUCUUCGAAACUACCGAAAUAACCAACUAUCUACAAUAUUAUUUGUCACGAGAUUAGAAGACACAACGAAUCCUACAGAAUGAAGAGACAUGGAAUUUGUUCAGCAAUGAAGUCUUCGUACAAUAAAACAUUUUUACUUAAGAUAACCAUAAUUGGAUUGAUUAUCAGUCAAAGUUUAGUAAAAUCGUAUCCCUCGUGGGACACACCAACUACAAUUACAGAUUUUGGACGCAAUAUCAGACAACUGCCAUGCGUCAGCCGGAGGUCCGGAGAGACGGGCGUGUGCAUGUUCGCCUACUCGUGCGCCAAAGCGAACGGCACGCACCUGGGCACCUGCAUCGAUCGAUUCUACUUCGGUAGUUGCUGCAAGACCCAGUCUGUCGCUGACAUCGAUGCGGCCAGCGAACCGGACAACUACCUGAACAGCGUGGACAACAACGACGUAGCCGGCCCGCCCGGGUCCACCGACACGAAAACGGGCGCGCCACUGCAUCUGCUACAACAGCAGACGACAGGCGCAACCGCGGCCACCGACAGGUACAGCACGCCGAGACCGAGCUCGUCAGCUUCAACUGGUUACCCGUCGUCCACCGCGCAAUCGUACAAGCCCACCGGUCAAUUCGCCGUGUCGUCCACGCCGUCCACCACCACGUCCACGUCCACGUCGCGCACCCAAUACACAGAGAUAUCGGUUUCGAGCGGCACGAAGCCGACGUUCGCGAGCAGCAGCAGCAGCAGUUCGCCGCCGUCCGGUUCGAUAUCGUCUUCGUACACGACUACGAUAUCGCAUUCGACGAAGCCGAUGCCGUCCACCACUUUCUCCACGGCCAAGCCUAUGGUCAAGCCGACGUCGUUCAAACCGCCACCGAUCAGGGACCAAGCCACCACCGCUACGGCCACCGCGGCUGUCACCACGGCCGCCGCCCAAAAGCCAAAACCUCAGACCGCGAGACCAACCGUCCAGUUCAGCGUUCCUAGCUCAACGGCCGGCUCUUCGCACGAACCGACUACGAAGCCGGCCACGACCGGGCAACAGCACACCACGAUGACGUCGAUGCGCCCCAGCCCGCAGCACAGCUCCACCGUCACGGCCACGUUCUCCACCACCAAACCCGUCGUGAAACCGUCAAGCACCACGUACAAAUCGACGGUAGCGUCCGCGGCCCCGUCAUCGACAACCGUCGCGUCCGCGCAAAAGGUCAAACCACAAACCGCGGCCAAGCCCGCCGCGACGACGGUCAAACCAAAACCUACCACCGGAAAACCGGAAACGAUCGGAUCCACAGUUGAAUCCACGACUGGGUCCUCGUACUCGACCCGCUCGACGGUUGAAAACGUCACCGAAGUCAUCACCGAUUUCACUGCGGCCACCGCAAACGGUCAGAGCCAGACGCCCAGCUACGGCAGCAUGACAACCGUCACGUCUACUUCACCGACUCUGGUCACUUGGACCACGCUCGACAAAGUUCCCGUUGUACCGGCCGAAAACACGAAACCACCGCCGUCCCCAUCGUCAUCCCCGUCGUCGUCGUCGUCGUCGCCGAGCAUGACACACAAACCAUCGACCGUUGACGGUUCGACGCUUCCUUCUUGGGUCAAACUUCCGGUCGAGACACAUGAACCAAACACUGUCGGCACACCACCCAAAGAAAGCAGCUCUAAUGCAUACACGUCAACGAUGAUGAUGUCCAAGCCGACGACCCUUCCAAGUCCAUCCGAUAAUGACAUCGUUAUGACUUCAAACAGUAUCGAUACGACCUACAGUAGCACACAAAAUCCUUCGAGUACAUUGUCAAUGCUUACGCAGUCGACCUCGACGGAUUCCACUGAAGCCGGAAAUGCUCCCCUUAAUAUGUCCAACUACAAAGAUGUUUGUGGAAGACGACUUUUCCCAACGGCUAGAAUAGUAGGAGGUGAAAAAGUUUCCUUUGGCAAGUGGCCAUGGCAGAUUUCAUUAAGACAGUGGAGGACGUCAACAUACUUACACAAAUGUGGGGCGGCAUUAUUCAACGAAAACUGGGCUGUAACUGCUGCGCAUUGCGUUGAAAAUGUUCCUCCGAGUGACUUACUCCUCAGACUCGGUGAACACGAUUUGUCAGUAGAAGAAGAACCUUACGGUUACGAAGAACGAAGAAUACAAAUAGUCGCAUCACAUCCACAGUUUGAUCCUAGAACUUUUGAAUAUGAUUUGGCCCUUUUGCGGUUCUACGAACCCGUAAAAUUUCAACCUAAUAUCAUACCCGUUUGCGUUCCUGAGGACGAUUCAAAUUUUGUAGGUUCUUCUGCCUACGUCACCGGAUGGGGGAGAUUAUAUGAAGACGGACCUCUACCUAGUGUUCUACAAGAAGUAACAGUUCCUGUGAUUAACAAUUCUGUUUGCGAAACAAUGUAUCGUGCAGCUGGAUAUAUUGAACACAUACCAGAUAUAUUUAUCUGCGCUGGUUGGAAAAAAGGAGGAUUCGAUUCGUGCGAAGGUGAUUCCGGUGGACCAAUGGUAAUUCAAAGACCGGACAAGAGAUGGUUAUUAGCCGGUAUCAUAUCAUGGGGUAUUGGAUGUGCUGAACCAAAUCAACCUGGUGUAUACACUAGAAUUUCUAAGUUCAAAGACUGGAUCAAUCAGAUAUUGCAAUUUUAACGGACAAUUUUAACGCAACACUCGACAUUUCCAUUCAAAAUAUCAUUAUCAAGUCGGUCGGUUAUACAACCACAGUUUUUAGACAAUUUUUUUUGUUCCUAAUGAUUUUAUACAGUACACAUAGUGUUUUUUUCGCACGACUUGCAACAAAAGAACAUCAUGCGGAAUGGUCAGUUUAAGUGUCAUCGAUCAGUUUGAAUAGUUUCUAAUUUUGUUCGUAUACGUUUAUUUCUAAUAGGAAAGAUGUUUUAUUUACAGCGAACACAGCCCUUUUAUUGAUCUCUGUAGACUAUUACGUCAACGGAUGCAAUUUAAUAGAACAUCUUUUUUAGAUAUUGAUCGACAUGUCACAUAUUGUAUACUUGUUAUAGUUGUUUUCACUAGAUGUAUGUCUUAUUAUUCUUAUUCACGUGGAAGUACGCUCGUCUUUAAACUAUUGAAUUGUCCAUCAGUUUAAUACUUGACAGACACCUUCACGAAUUGAUUUUGCUAUACAAAGGACAAAAUAUUGUUACGACUCACAAUGUUCCUUUUAUUUCAAACACCAUAAUACUUAAAAUUAUAUGCGAUUUAAUAGUUUUUAUUAAAUAAAUACUAAUUAAUAGAAAAAAUCAAAGAUAAAAAGUAUUCAAACAUUUAUUUUGUAUAACAUUGGGUAUGAAUAUAAAUAAUUUAUCAAAAAAUAAUAUCAUCUAAUCCGUUGAUGCAUAAUAUUUCAACUGAAGACAAAAAUAUUAAUUAUUAUUACGACUAAACAUUUUAUUUACCUAAUUGUUAAUUCGUAUUUAUAAUUUCCAUAAUAUUUUAUUGUUCAAAUAAUGGUUGUUAAUUUAUCAUUGAUUUAAUUUAUUAAUUUCUCCUUAAAUCAUGUUUUUAAAAAUGUUUUAAAUUGUCAAUUUGAAAUUUAAACUAUCAUGGUAAAUAUUCCGUUGGAAAAAUAUGAAUUUAAUUGAAAUUAAAAAUCAUAAACGAAUUAGUUAAUAUUAAAAUACCAAUUUCAUUGAAUAUUUUUAAAUUAUCUAUCGGACAAUUGUUUCAUUUUAUAUUUUAUGUCUAUUGAUUUAUUAUAAUUUAAUAAUUUAUACGUAUAUAAUAUAUAUUAUUAUUAUCUAUAGAUAUAUUUGUUGUUAAAUGCUACCGUAAGUACAAUUUACCGUUAACUGGUUUAUAGGCAUAUAACUUUUACUACCAAAACGUAAUUAAAUUUGGUUUUGAUUUCACUUUGACAACAUACAAGUACAUUCAAAUGAAGAAAGUACAUGUAUUUUUAGGAGUUUGAGAUCGAAUAUAUUUUGAGGGUGUUUUAAAAAAAAUAUAUUUAAGUAUACUAAAAUAAUGGGAAUUAAAUUAUUUUAAUUAUCUAAUUUAUUAUAGUAUCUUUGUAAUUUAUUGUUAAUAUAAAUUUAAUUAAUAAUUUAUGUAUUGUGAUAUAACUUAAUUAUAAAAGUAAAUAUAUUUUUAUUAUAUAUUUAUUAUAAGUAUAUAAUAAAUUUUAUAUCCUUAUAAGAUGUAGCACAUUUUAGCCAGUGCUCAUUCUAUUUAUAUUUAUAACUAGUACCUAUGGUAAGUUAACAUGUUCCAGAGAAACCCAAUUUAUAUUUUAGAUUAAUUACACACGUAAUUUUUUCUUAUAAUAAUUUUUUUAAAUUAAAUAUGUAAUAUUUUUUAUUUAAUAAUAACAGUAUAUAAUGACAAUUUUUGUUUGUUCAUGUUCCUGAAAUAAAACAGUAUUUGUUAGAAUACUAUUAAUACUAUUUAUGCUAUGUUACAAUUUUCAUAUUGAGUGUCUUAAUAAUUUUAAGGCAAUAAGGCAUUUUUACGAGCAAUAUAAAAUAUUGAAUCUAAAACUGGUUAAGGUAUAAAUCCAUUUGAAUUAUUAAGCUGGGUAUUUGUAUCAAAGUAAUUAUUAUUGUGAUAAUAUAUUUUGAGGUUUCUCUGAAACACUGUAAAUAAUAUAGUAAUUAUAUAUUUAUAAAUAUUAUUUAUGUGAACAAAUUUAUGAAAGUACAUUGUGUAAUUUAAUGUGUAUAGGUAUAGGUUUUAUAAGAUUAGUGACCAAAUUUAGAAAAAAUACAUUUAUAAGAUAAAAAUGACUAUAUAGUAUAUAAACUCAAUUGUAAAAAUAAGUGGUAUUAUUUUUUAAAUAAAGUUUUUAUACAAUA